UUUCAGGUAAUAAAUUCCUACACAGGAAUCUGAGAUCAACACAGAUGAUCAGGAGAAUUAGUCAAAAAUAGUAGAAAAAUGUGGCGAUUCGCAGUUUAUACGCAGAAAGCAACAAUUCUGAACAAAACAUGCCUGACAGCAGUAAGACAAUCACUGAAGCACACGGAUGGCCGAUUUGAUUAUUUUAGAUAUUUGGGAAACGACGCAUCUCAUGCCAUUUCGGUGCAAAAAGAUCAGCAGAUUCGCGAAGUUUUUUCCCUCGACGAUUUUGGUCUUCUUUCUAUGAAAUCUCAAUCUUUGGAGUCGAUAAGUUCUGCAGGCAAUGAGCAUAAUUUUCUUGAUCAACUCUUCCGCAAUGACACACUGAAUGCAUUCUCAAACGUUCAAAUUCCUACGACCGUGUCUUCCAAAGAACUUGGUGGAUCAAAUGACAUUUUUGGAUACGAUUAUGUUUCAGAACUUCUUUCGGAGGGUGCGAUUCCAGAAGAAAUUGCUGAAGACCUCGCAAUGAGCACAUCUUCUACUGACUUGGACGUACUUACAUCUUCUUCUGAACCGGCUUCAUAUUAUGAUGAUCAGGAGCCAAGUACAUCUGGGUUAGAAGUGACAAAUCUUCCUUUCUUGAUGCCAAAAAUUGAUCAACAAAGCAAAGAAAACAGAGAUUCAAGACAAUUGAUGUCUGAACAUAUCAGAAGAGAAAGAAAACUAAAUCUUUCAACUACUACACCUGUGAAUGAAUCAGAUGCCCAGCUGUUUCACGUACCCGAAUCUCUGAACUAUCAAAAUAUUGGCCAUAUGCUGUUCCCGGACUCGUUGCCACCGGAAACUUACACCAGUCAAUGGAAAGAAGGCGAAUUACCAUCGAUCUCCAGCCAAAUUUCAUCAACUGAAACUUCUUUCGUCGACACAGCUACUGAAUUUUCUUUAGAACAUCUCGAAGAUUUGAUCGCUGAUGGGGCAGUAGAUGAACUUCAUAAAUUAUUGAAAUCUUUGCAAACGUGGCCUGAAUGGAUGUUCACUGGAAAUCGCCAGGAUAUUGUAAGGAUCAAUGAUGUUUUAAGAUUCAUUGUUGAAAACCUCUGCUCUGAAGAAUCUGAAAUAAUUAUUCGAAACUUCUGUGGAUCACAUGUUCUCGCGGAGAUUCCAGAAGAUAUAAUUAUUCAUUUCACUCUCCGAAGCAUCACCCCAGAAUGUGAAGUCUCUUCAAUCAUGAAUAAUCUGGAAACCUCGUCUCAGUGGGCACAUAAGCGGGAACUUCGUCCGAAUCGAAUGCUUGUCAAAACUCGACUUUCCGAGCUCUACGCGUUUGCAAUUCAGAAAAGCCCCGAAAAAGCGUUGUCUCUAUUUUCUCUGUGCUCUAAACUCAACCUCGACCGAACGUCCGACAUUUUCAUGAAAUGUUAUGGUGAGACCCGAGCAUCAAGUGACAAUUUUCUCAAAAGUUUCGGAGAUUGGAAAUUGUUGUCAAAUAAGUACGGAACUCAACAAGGAAUUGAUGAUUACUGGAUGGCAGCUCUGAAAUCAGAUGCAAAAGGAUUAGACAAACGCAUAGAGGCGCUUUUAUUGCAUUCAGGGAAAGGUGAACAUCCAUUUGCAACUAUGGCUCGAAUGAUUUGUACUUUACUAAAACUGGCUAGAAUUGAUGAAGCGUUAGAAGUUUUCCAAAAGGUUUCCGUAUCAGGAAAACAUUUCAAGCAACAACUUGCCUCGUUUGUCGAACAGAACGAUUUGGAAUGCAUCGAACGACUAGCUAUGCUCGUAGAAAGAGGAAUGAUUGCCGAAAAACGAAGAGGCGGCGGCGGCCGGUCAGCAGUCAACAAAAGCGUUAUUGUGAGCGUGGUGAGCGAUCGAUUCGAUGGCCGAGUGGUUGUGUCCUCAGCUAGCAAUUUAUUGACCUACGCUCAACUUCCACAGUGGCGUUUAAAAGCAGUCGUUCAGUGGCGCAAGCGAUUUUCCCAUGCGCUUGUGCCUAAUCUUUGACUGCGAGAUAAAAAUGUCAGAGUCAAGCGGUCCGCUAUCUGUGUAGCAUUCUGUUCAAGAUUUGACUGAUAUUUUAUUCAUUUUAUUUUCUAUUUUCAGAAAUGUCUUGAUGAAGCAGUCCAUGGUGUCCUUGACAAAUUCUACGGCAUUGGUGGUCAGAAAACUAAAAAGUUUGUGGAGAAGAACAUAAAAAAGAAGAUCCACCGAGUUGAUGAAGAACAGUUGCAUGAACUAUGCAAGGCAAUUCAAAGUGCUUGGAUUCAGUGCUCUGACUCGAAAGAAUCGUUAGAACGUCUUUUCGCGUGGUGCCAAACAAAUCGAGUCGAAGUUGAUCAAAGAGCUCAAAAGAAACUAUCUUCUUUCCAAAAAUAGAUAUGUCUAGGUAGUAUAAAUAUUAGAUUUCUAGUUUUUUUUCUCAUUUUUUUGUUAUCGUUUCACUCCUACUCUUGUUAUACCUGUUUUUUCUGUGCCUUCAUUGAUUUUUGUGUAAUUACCGUACCCGGAGAAUUCGAAUGAAACCGAUUUUCUAAAAU